AGAGAGCACAAAAUGCAACUUAGAAAAGGUUUAUGGAGAAGCAAGACUUUGUUUCUCAAAACUAUCAAGGAGAUCAAAUGUGUUCUUCUUCAUCAUCAUCAUCAUCAUAAAAGAAGCAACAAUAUUGAUCCUCAUAAGCCACCUAAACCCCAUCAAAUCUUCAAUCUUUCAUGUUGCAAAAACAAUCAACAUGAAAAUGAAAUACAUCGACAGCCCGCCAGCAACAACAACUCUUACGAGAAGAACAAUUCUUUUAAAGAAGCGCCACUCGAAGAAGAUAUUGAUGUAAAGAUAACCGAAAAGAAAUUAGGUGUCAUGAGGCUGGAGAUGUCUUUUGGAAGCUGCAGAAGAUCAGUUGAGGACUAUGAUGAUACAAUCGUGAAGAAGAAGCCGAAUGAUGAUGAUGAUGAUGGUAAUGAUCGAGGUCGUAUGUUGGUUCAGAAGAUGAAACAGUUAGAAAUGAUCGAUUUGAAUGAUGAAGAUGGAGUUUUGGAUGUUCAACAAGUUAUAGGGUAUUAUUCUUGUUUGAAAAGCCCUGUUUAUGUGGAGAUGGUGGAUAGAUUCUUUGUCGAUAUGUAUUCUGAGUUCUUCAUACGACGACAACCUUCUAUUCGAGGUACUGCAAACAAUAAUUCGUCGUCUCGGAGACUUGGACCUAUCAAGCUAUAAUUAUUAUGAAUUUAUCAAGUUCAAUAUAUGUAUACGUUAUUCAUCAUAGUCCUUAAUUUGUUAUGUACUAGGAGCUGCAUGUAAUGCUAUUAUGAUUUGUAAUAAGUUAAAUAAUUGAUGUUUAAUCAA